UUACCAAGAAGACUCGAUCGAGACUUGUCUACUCUGUAGAAAAUAGUUUCAAAGGCUCCGCUGGUCCUUUGAUGCUAAUCCUAUUGAGGCUAGAAAGCUACGAGACAGAGCAUUACAUGCAUUUGUUCAAAAACAAUGACAUUGCAUUUGGAAUCGUGAAUACAGGGUUUCAGAAGGGCGUGAUUGACAAGAAGGCUUGCUUGACACCUUUCAACGACACAGGUAGGAGUAAGAUGAUGCAUUUGGAAUCACAAUACAAGGUUUGUGCUAAGGGCAGUAGCUCUUGCGAACAUGGUCAUUAUUAACUGCUGGGUUGAGCUACAAAAUAUCUCCAUAUUCCUGUUUGGAUAUUUAAAUCCUACUACCCCGCGAUAUAUACCAUUGCCGAAGCCGUCCCCUACCUCGAAUAUUCAAGACUAUUUACAUACCUAGGUACGUACGAAAUGCCUCAAACAUCUACACACGGCACAGAGAGUGCAGCAAACAAAGCUAUCGGCGGCAUUCCUACUAUCCAUUAUUUCGAUUUCCAAUCUCGAGGUCGAGGUCAGGUAGUUCGAUUGUUGCUCAUCGAUGCAGGAGCUGCAUUCAAAGAUAUUCGGUACACAUUCGAAGAAUGGCCAGAACAUAAGAAAAAUGGGAAAAUUGCGGAGAUAAAUCCUACGGGAAAUAUACCAGUGGUCGAGAUGCCGGACGGAAAAAUCUUGACACAGAGUUAUGCUAUCCUGAGGCAUUGGUCAAGAUUGCUAGGCGCAUAUGACGGGAAGAAUGAAGAUGAGAAAUAUUGGGCCGAUGCAAUCUGCGAUAUUGUUGUUGAUUGGCGAACUCUGUUCAUUUCGGCUUUCUUCUCUGACAACCAAAAAGAGGAUUAUCCGAAACAUCAACAAGGCGAUCAGAAGAAAUACCUAAAUGCAAUCGAAACACAUCUGAAGGGCUCGGAGCUUUCGAAAAAGGGUCCUUUCAUAAUUGGCGAUGAAAUCACAUAUGCAGAUAUGGCUUUAUAUCAAUUACUCCAUGAUGAGAGUCUUACUCAAGAUGGACGAAAGGGACUGAAAGAGUAUCCGAGAUUAGUACAAUUAGUAGAUGCUCUGGAGGACAGACCAAACGUCAAGAAGUUCUUGAAUAGUGAUGCUUACCUGGGCUAGGCAUUGAGUAUAUAUUGUCAGAUAUGCUUUCUAGUAUCAUCAAUCAAACAUAACUUUUAUCUCGA